AUGAAUGAAACAUAGAAGAUUUCAUAAAUGCAAAUUGAUGAUAUUCAUUACUUUGAUUUUCCUGGUUUUGAUGAUAAUUUAUCUCGAUAUGCCAGGUUAGCUCACAGAAUCAGUUUAUAUAAUUAUCUUAAAAAAACAAAAAAAGUAAUUGGAUUUAUGGUGCUUGAUGGAUCUAUUAGAGAUGCCUAAAUAAUAAAAGAUACUAUUGACCCAAUUUAUUUAAUGAUGAAAGAUAAAAAUUAAUUAUUAUUAGAAAAUGAAAAUUGGCUUUCUUUAAUUUUAGUUAAAGUAAAACAAAAUACAAGAGUUGAUUAUAGAGUUGAAAUAGCACCUAUCAAUAAUUGGGCUUAGGCAUAUAAAGGAUUGCUUGAUGGAAGAUAUAGUUUAUAUAAAACUAUGUAUGCUAAUGAUAAUUAAUGUGUAGAAUUUUACAAACCUUAGGAAAAUUUAAAUAAUAAUAGUCAAGCAGUUGAAGUUAUAACAAAUAGCAUUAAGACAAAAAUAAUAAAUAUUAUUCAAAGUUAAUUAAAAACAAAUAAUUAAUAGAUAGAAUUUGAAUUACUUGUAGAACCUAAAUUAUUUUAUUUAUCUGAAAUGUCAACAUUUUUGCUUAACAUUAAAAUUUAAUAAAUCCUAGAUUUAUUUACAAAUUAAUUUAAUGAAUAUAUUUAAGAUGAAACAAAAUCGAUUUCAGUAAAAAAGGAAUCAAUAUCAGACCUAAAAUUCAAAAUUUAAGAAGAUGUAAAAACUGCAGAGUUUUAAAAUUAAACUAAUUAUUUUUGCUUAUUAAUAGAAGAUGUUUAAUCAUGUAUUUAAAGCUUAAAGUUAUUUUAAAAUAACCAAAUACAACCUAUCAAAAUAAGUACACAAAAUUUAAGGUAGAAUAUGGAAAAAAUUAUUGAAAUAAUAAAAUUGAUUGAAAAUUUGAUAAAAGGAUUUUAUAUCGCAACUCUGAUAGAUUCAAUUAUUGGUGCUAUAGCUUCAUUUGGUGCUGCAUUACUUGGAGAAGAAAUUAUUGUUGCAUUAUCUGCUGCUGCAUUAAGAAAAGCAAUAAUAACCAUUUCUGUUCGUACAGCAAUCACUGCAACUAGUGGAGCUGCAGGGUCGCUUCUAAUUGGGAUUGUACUUGAUGUAUUAAAAAACAAGAUAUUAAAAUAUUUUUAUGAUAAAUAUCUUGAGGAAUAGAAUAGUAAAAAUGAUUUGAAUUUCAUUUUAAAUAAAUAAAAUUUAUAUUUUAUACAUAUCUUAUAUCUCUAAUUAUAUCUAAAUUUACAAGUUAACAAAUAAUUCUAAACAAAAAUCCUUAGUUAUACAUAAUAAAUCAUUUCUAAAGUUCUAUAAUACCAAAGAAUAUUAGAAUUAUCUGCGUACUUUUGCUAAUGA